AUGCCUGUUGUCAGGGGCGAUGGCUCUGCCCUGCCUGCCGCCGUCGCCGCCACCGCCUCGGUUCUGCCGCCGGCGGCUUCGGACGCCACCUCAGCCACCGUCGCUCGUCGUGCUGCAGCGCCCUUGUUGGACUUUUAUUCGGUGCUGGGGGUGCCGCGCGCUGCCGCCGACAGCGACAUCAAAAAGGCGUACUACCAGCUAGCCAAGAAGUACCACCCCGACCAGAACAAGGGGGACCCUGAAGCUGCCAAGAAGUUCCAAGAGGUGCAGCGGGCGUACGACACGCUGCGGGACCCCCAGAAGCGGCAGGCAUAUGACAGCAUGGGCCACGCUGCAUUCGAAAACAUGGAGGCCACGGGUGGCAGCCCAGGCGGGCAGGGCCCCUUUCAGGGUGCAGGCAUGCAGGUGGACCCAGAAGACCUCUUCCGAGAGUUCUUUGGUGGCGGCCGCGGUCGCGGCAGCUAUAGCUUUCACACCGAUGGGGGAGCGAGCAUCUUCGAGCAGUUCGUCAGCGACACCUUUGGUGGAGGGGCGAGCGGCAGGCGGAUGCGGCCCAUGGUGCGCGCCGCCUUGCGCAUCUCUUUCCAGGAUUCUGUCAAGGGCACCACACAGGCGAUCGACCUUUCAUCCAUGGGCAUCUCGGGGGCGGCCAAGAAAACGGUGGAGCUCAACAUUCCCGCAGGCGUGGACAGCGGCUACCAGCUGCGGGCGGAGGGCGUGAUCCCGGCGGGGCCGCGGGGGCAGCCUGCGGGGGACCUGCUGGUGCAGAUCCAGGUGGCGCCCUCGCCCGUCUUCAAGCGCCAGGACUUUGACCUGUAUGUGGAUGUGCCUGUCAGCAUGGUGGACGCCUGCCUAGGGACCUCCAUAGACGUGCCCACCAUAGAUGGGACGGCGGAAGUCAAAGUGAAGCCCGGCACGCAGCCCGGCGACAAGCUGCGGAUGCGGGGGUAUGGCGUGCACAUGGAUGUGGUGGGGCAGCGGGGGCGGCGCGGCGACCAAUACGUACGAGUGGCGCUCACCGUGCCACGCAGCCUAACUGCCCAGCAGCGACGGCUACUAGAGGAGUUCCGCAGCGGCGGGAAGAACAGCAGCAGCGGCGGCGGCGGCGGCGGCAGCGACGGUGGCAAUGGCGGCGGAGGGGAGAAACCCAAGAAGCGGGGCUGGUUUUCCUGA